CCACAAGCUCGUACCUGCUCUGCGUCUCUCAACGCCCCAUUCCCUGCUUUCGUUUCCCUUCUCUAUCCCCCUGACUGUACGCUCGACAUCCCCUGUUGGAACCGAGCUCGGUCAAGGUCUCGAGUAUAGCAUGGUUUCUGCACAUCCCGCAUCACUUCAAGUUUAACGUCCGGAACCUUAUCCCAACUCCACGUGGUUUGUCAGUUGAUGACCCGUGCCUCCUGCGCAUGCGAGCGCCCACUUCCCGACCCUCACUGGUAUCUGCCGCGACACACCCAUCAGAGACCAUGGAUCAGGACGACGACUGGGACGGGGACGGGGAUGAACACUCCCACGACCUCAUCCAUGUACCCCUCGACUCUCACCAAGGACGAACUGUGCUACCGAGUCCUAUAGCAAAGGCCGUCAGUCUUGCCACUCGCUCAACAUGUUUAGCAAUCCGUGUUGGCACCCUCAUCAGCUCGUACGGCUUCGAUGCUGCCAAGUUCACCACCCUAUCCAGUCUCGAGCUCAGCAGGGGCAUACUCGAGGGAAUCCUGAGCAGAUCUGGGAGAGAUAUGCUUGUACGGUCCAACAGCGACCUGGGCAGAGAAGAUGCAGAGACUGUCCUGGAGAGAAGCUUGGAGCAUCUGCAUAGUGCCAUGUCUCAAAUCGUUUUCUGGACUACGACCGGCUUUCAGAUGACGAGUACCACCAUUUCCGUCGCCUCAGAGAUAUCUCAGCUUCUUCUCUCGUCUCUCGAUCAGUUCUUUGGCUCGACCGACUCUUCACGUGCCAUUGCGAGCAUCAUCACUUUGAUUCGCCGCGAGUUCCAGAAUCCUGCGACGGGUGUGGAGGGUGAGCGUGUGGGUGUUGUAGAUCUGGUCAUGGGCUUAUGCGCGCUGGCCUACCUGCAGCGCAAAUGUCGACGUUUCCUCGACGAAGAGACAAGACGACUCGGUCACGAUGAAAUCGUUUGGGAUGUCGUUGUGCUAAACGACGGAGAGCGGGUUGACAUCCACGAAAAUAGCUUGUAUGGGGUGCACAAAGGCCGCUACAAAAGCAAGGGUCCUGAUAUUUUGGUUUCUAUCCCUGGCGACCAACCGAGUCCCGGUAUACUAGCGACCAUCGAACGACAUGGUGAACGAGAAACCAGUGAAGACGAAGAUGACUACGACCUGCCAGAAAUUCGCCUCAAGAAUCAGAUCAUGCGGUCUAUGCCUGCAGAUACGAGCGUCUCCAUCUCAACAACGACCCUGACGAGGAAGAUGAUUACGGUGGACUUCACGGGACCUGAGCCCCCAACUUUGACACCGCCUCCGGGUGUCGAGGUCGUCGAGCGAGAAGUUCUGUCAUCUUCAGAAGGCCCAAAGGAACAGUUGGUGAGGCAUCAAGCCGCCGCUGACGUCCCGACCUACCGGGUAGUCUACAGAGUCGACAAGAGCAAACAUCGAAACACAACAAUCCAAGGCUUCGAAGAGGCAGAAGACAACUCUCGAAAAGUGGAAUCACUAGACGACACCGAGGAGUCGGAUGGAUACGGCCGAAACGACGAAAAGGACGAACCGCCACCCGUACCACCCAGUAAGGCGCUGACACCGGCUCCAGCCAGUAUUCCGAGGUCAGACGUGACGUCUAACCCGACUCCUCGUCGAGCAAAGAGUCCUGAAAACGCGCCAAAUCAAAAGCGACAGCGUGCGCCUCUAGGCCCCUUACCAGUGCGGGCGCGUCAGGAGAGUGCCGUCUCCUCGCACGCCGAAGUCACGAAGCCCAAGAGAACCAAAGGCGAGCCCUUGUCAAGUAGCAAACCAUCGGAGAAGCCCACGACCGAGAAAAAGGGAGGCAUCAGGCAAGCCUUGAAAAGGGGUACCAGCUCAAACAUUUCCAACCUCUUCCAUCGAGAGGGAACCGGCACCGGUACCGGCAGUUCACAGCCCACGGCGAAACCCAAGCAGCCAGCAAAGACUUCUGCAAGAGAUGGGACAACACGUACCUCUACUCUGCCCAGCCGUCCAUCCCAGACCCGAGCCAUGGGCCCGACUGCUGCCUCCAGCUCGAGAGGCCGGGCCUAUGAGAACCCCUCACCCGUACCUCGCAGCUCUUCGCGAGCCAGUUACAUUUCUGUACACGAGCGACGUCGAGACUCCAUUGUGUCCCAGACGGAUACCUACUCCUUCCACGCCGUCGACGGAUAUCGGCCCCAGUCUCCGGGAUACACUCGCCGUGACGGCAUGGGCCAGCCCAGCAUCCCCAAGUCGCGGUCAGAGAAGGACAUGAACGAUCAGAAGCCACCAUCGCCAAUGAAGUCCAGGAGGGCGCGUUCCCACGUCAACACGCCGAGCCUCUACAGCAUCGCCAACACCGGCUCUCAAACAUCUCUGGUUCUGUCAUCGUACUAUCAGAAGAGCGCGUAUACCGACUCGGAAGCCAUCGAUACCUUGAGGCGGGCAGGCACAGUAGAUGGCGUUUUCCCAGCAUUCCACCUGCUCCGAAACAUCACGCGAUACAUGCGAUUCUCGUCCGCGUCAUACGGGUCCAACUUUCUCAAGUUCAUGGGCAUCUCAAAGGACAUGCCCCUGAUCAAAGCGUUGGACGACACACACCACGAGAUCCGCUCCUUUGCGCACCACACGGAAUCCGAAUCCACCAGUAUCCUCCUCGCCUCCUUCGUUGACGCUCAAGGCGGAUCCGACACCACCGGCUCGACCGGCACCGGCGUACCCUUGGUCCACUAUAUCUCCCUCGACCACGAGUCCAAAGCCGUCGUCCUCGCCUGCCGCGGCACUCUCGGCUUCGAGGACGUCCUGGCCGACAUGGCCUGCGACUACGACAAUCUCUACUGGCGCGGCAAGUCCUACAAGGUCCACAAGGGCAUCCACGCCUCGGCCCGCCGCCUCCUCUACGGCGGCGAUGGGCGCGUCCUCUACACUCUCAAGGAGGCCCUCGAUGAGUUUAGCGACUACGGCCUCGUCCUGUGCGGCCACUCGCUCGGUGGCGGCGUCACGGCGCUGCUCGGCACUAUGCUCGCCGAGCCCUCGUCCUCGGGCACGGGCUUCGUCACGACCUCGGACCCGCACCGCCGGCUCCUCGGCGACGGACGCCUCCUCGACACAGACACCACGCAUGUCUGCCUCCCCUCGGGCCGCCCCAUCCACGUCUACGCCUACGGGCCUCCCGGGACAAUGUCCCCCGCCCUCCGCAAAGCCACCCGCGGCCUCGUCACCAGUGUCGUCCACGGUUGCGAUCUCGUCCCCUUCCUCUCCCUCGGCGUCCUGCAUGACUUCCAGGCCGUCGCCCUCGCGUUCAAGAGCGACAACCACGAGGCAAAAGUCGAGGUCAAGCAGCGGAUAUGGCAGGCCUUCCAGUCCGGGCUGGCGGAGAAGUGGUACACCAAUAGCGGCUCCCGCUCCUCCUCCUCCUUGGCCGCCGGCGCCGACGAGGACAAAUGGAGCAUCUCGGCGCUGACGACGCUGCGCUCUAGCAUGAUGAGCCUGAAGCUGCUGCCGCCGGGCGAGGUGUUCAUCGUCGAGAGCCAGCGGGUGCUGAGGCGUGACGCUUUUCUUGUUUCCGACGAGGAAUCCAUCGGCCGGCCUGCGCAGCGGAUCGUGCUAAAGUACGUUAGGGACGUCGAGUCGCGCUUUAGAGAGGUGCGGUUCGGCACGAGCAUGUUGAUCGACCACAGCCCGGCCAAGUACGAAGAGGCGUUGAAUAAGCUGCGGUUCGGCGUUGUUGAAAGUUGAGAAGCAGCAUGAGGAUACUGUAUUUUCUCUGGGUAAGAGGAAAGCCACAUAAACACAAAUCACAACACACCCUUUUUAUUUUCCUUUGUCACGGACAAAACGAUCCGAUCUAUCGCAAUAUACCCCCCCGUACCCCCAAGUGUGAGAUAACUAUAUGCUCUAUUCAAAUGUUGAGUCGCUGUUGUAGCCUGGUCAUUCAUGUAAAGAAGAUCUACAAAGU